ACCCACCCACGCAGAGCCGGAGAUCGCCCGCCAGAAGAAUCCAGACGAGCCAACCAAACCUCCGAGAUUGUUGGCGAUGCUGCGCACGGGAGGAAGCCGGCUCGCGGCCCCGGCGCUCCGGCGGCUCCUCGGCGAGAGGGCCCAGCCGGGGCUGGCGGCGGCGGCGGGGGGCGCCAGGGCGUACCACGAGCGCGUCGUCGACCACUACAACAACCCGCGCAACGUCGGCUCCUUCGACAAGGACGACCCCAACGUCGGCACCGGCCUCGUCGGCGCGCCCGCCUGCGGCGACGUCAUGAAGCUGCAGAUCCGGGUCGACGAGGGCACAGGGAAGAUCGUCGACGCCUGCUUCAAGACCUUCGGAUGCGGCUCCGCCAUCGCCUCGUCAUCCGUCGCUACUGAAUGGGUCAAGGGAAAGCAAAUGGAGGAAGUAGUGACUAUCAAGAACACUGAGAUCGCAAAGCACUUGUCACUUCCACCAGUAAAGCUCCACUGCAGUAUGCUUGCUGAAGAUGCAAUUAAAGCUGCUGUGAAAGAUUAUGAAGCAAAGAAGGCGAAGCUGGGAGAUGGCCCUGCAGAGAAGUCUGCUGAAGCAUGAAAACACAGUUCCUGUCAUGAGGGGUAUUGACCAUCUGCCAUGCAUCUGCUCCUAGUGAUGAUAUAUGCUUCUGUUAUCUGAUGGUGGAAAAUAGUGUGUAAUUUUCACAAACUCUGGUGAUGUUGCAUGUAUCGUAAGGAUUAACACGAACAGCUUGGAAUAAAUGUGCGGUCAUGUUAGGAAGAAGUUGUGCGUGCAUAGCAGCUGAAAAAUUGUGCAUGUAUAGCAGCUGCUUGGAAGUCUUGUAGUCAUACUUGCUGAUGUAAGAUGCAAAUCUACUGUUCGAUUUUUCUU